CUGAGCAUUGCGCGCAACACAUUCAGUCAGGAUGGAGAACGGUGGUGACGUGCAGCCCGUCUGUCUGUCUGUAGUGCUGUUCUUCUGUAAGGGUCUCAUCCUCACCAGCCUCCUCAUACAGGUGCUCGUGACCAAACACCUGGAAGUCCAUCUCCAGAUCUUAUUGGCUGUUGGUUUGGCUGUUCUCUGUUUCUGUCUGGUGAUUUGCUGCAUCAUUUGUUGGUGGCACCAAAAGGCCCGUCCCUCAAAAGACAAGGGGGCGGGGCUAUCCCCAGCCUCCCUACCCACAGAUCACGUGACUGUGAGUCUAAGCCCCUCCCCCUCCAUCAACACUCUGCCAAUCAAACAGCAGUAUGAGGAAUUGGACGGUGAGGUGAUGGACGGCGGUUCAACACCUUCAGAAGACGAUCUGUCUGCUCCGUCUCCUCCUCUCUCUCUCUAUGCAGUCAAGGGUCCACACAAGUCCCGUUUCUCGCUCCGGAGGCUCAGCUCUCCCACCGUCUCCUCCACGCGCACUAAACCUGCCGUCCGCGGUCGUUCCUCGCUCCCCAUCAUUCCCAAAUUCAGCCUGGUGUCAAAGACUCGGCGAGCGCCGGACCGCAGUGGCUCCAGGGCUGAAGAGAACAUCACGUGUUCAGAAAGCAGCAGACUGACCUGUCGUUCCUCGAUGACACAUUACGGCUCCAGUGCCCUCAAACCCACCCCGUCUCUUCACUUCACGCUGUUCUUCAGUCCAGCAGAGAGCAGACUCACCGUCACAGUCCUGGGUCUCUAUCGAGGCUUGAAGAAAACAAGCGGAAGCACAGUGAGGGUUUGUUUGCCCCCCGUCCACCCCGCACCACUGCACAGCGGCUCCACGCGCAGACGCAGUCCAGACACCCCGCCGCAGGUUUUCAUCCUUCAGGUGACACCUGAGGACAUUUGUGAGUGCACGCUCAUGAUGACGGUGUCCUGCAGGGACUUUUCUGGUCUGAGAGAGACGCCGGUGGGUGAAGUUCAGCUGACAUGUGCAGAAAUCCACUGGAACCCCGGAUCCACCGUCACCUUCAAUCAUCCUCUCAAACCUGCCUUCAGGAGACCGAGGAAGAGUCAGAGUUCCCAGAAUGCACUGGGGCAUCUCAAGAGUUUGCUUUGUCCCGGUCAAGUCCUGAUUGUCCUGCAGUAUCAGACACUGGCACAUCGCAUGAAAGUGAUGAUCAGAAAAGCUAAAAACCUGCCCAAACUCACCAGGAUUCCAGGAAACCCAGAUCAUUGUGUCGUCAUCAAUCUACGUCAGAAUGGAAAGGUAAUCAGCAGUAAGGAGACAAAGGGCGCCAGCGGUGCAAAUGCUGUUUGGAACGCCCCGUUUCUGUUUGACCUUCCGGCGGGUGACAUCAGUGAGCUGCCUCUGGUCCUGGAGCUCAUCGUGAUGCAGGGAAGACUGUACACAAAGAGUUGCAUUCUGGGCCGUGUUCUGAUUGGCUGCGAGGGUCCUGAUGCGGGACAGCAGCACUGGACAGAAAUGUGCAGCAGUGCGCAGGCGGAGACGACACACUGGCACACACUUCUACCUGACACCUUAUAGACCAGACAUCUGUGAUUGACAGGACCAUCAACCAAUCCUGUGUUGUGUUACUCAUCCGGUGCUUCUCCUUUCUCAAGUUCAGGAUAGAGAGAGAGAGAGAGAGAGAGAGAGAGAGCACCAGAGGACAUUAACCAGCUCAUGAUGACAUUAUAAUGUGUGUGCGUCUGUGCCUGUGUGUGUGUGUGUGUGUGGGUGUGCGUGCAUCUGUGUUUGUGCGUGUGUUCACAUGAUGUUAGUUGGACAAAAAACACUUUGUCUAUUUUUAAUUGGAGAGCAAAUGUUGUGCAUUAGUUGUUUCAUUGAUGUUUAUGUGUUGCACAGAUCGAUGGGUGUUUGUGAGAUGUUUGUAAGCCUGUCACUUUAAAGCAGCAACAUAAAUGAAAUCUCAUCUGUGAUCUUUGUUUUCAUUCUUCACAUGUACAAUAUGCAUCUACACAUGA